CCCUCUCUACAAUUACACGGAAAUUAUUCUGAUUGCUAUGUCAGUACAAGCAGAAGCUCCAACAAUGAGUACCUCAUCUCUUAUAUUACUCUCUUCCUCACCACAUCCUCCAUUUCUUGCUCCCACUGGUGACCAGUCUCGCCGCAGCCUGCUGCAAGUUCCGGCUCGGUUCCGUGUCGCGCAGAGGAAGAAGGGUUGGGGCUCGCCAGGUCUCUGCGGAGAUGGGGGAGAUCACCAAUGUCAUGGAGUACCAGGCCAUCGCCAAGCAGAAGCUCCCCAAGAUGGCGUACGACUACUACGCGUCGGGCGCCGAGGACGAGUGGACGCUGCAGGAGAACAGGGAGGCCUUCUCCAGGAUCCUGUUCCGCCCACGCAUACUGAUCGAUGUGUCCAAGAUUGACAUGACCACAACUGUGCUGGGAUUCAAGAUCUCGAUGCCCAUCAUGAUCGCUCCUACUGCCAUGCAGAAGAUGGCUCACCCAGACGGCGAGUACGCGACUGCACGUGCCGCAUCUGCAGCAAACACUAUAAUGACACUGUCAUCCUGGGCUACUUCAAGCGUCGAGGAGGUUGCCUCAACUGGACCAGGGAUCCGCUUCUUCCAGCUAUAUGUCUACAAGGACAGGAAGGUGGUGGAGCAGCUUGUUAGGAGAGCUGAAAGGGCUGGGUUCAAGGCCAUCGCACUCACUGUCGACACUCCUCGCCUUGGCCGCAGGGAAGCUGACAUCAAGAACAGAUUUGUUCUGCCACCCAAUCUGACGCUCAAGAACUUCGAGGGCCUGGACCUCGGUAAGAUGGACCAGGCUGCUGAUUCAGGGCUGGCUUCCUAUGUGGCCGGCCAAAUCGACCGCACCCUGAGCUGGAAGGACGUCAAGUGGCUGCAGACCAUCACCACGCUGCCGAUCCUCGUCAAGGGAGUGAUCACUGCAGAAGACACGAGGCUGGCGGUGGAGAACGGCGCGGCGGGGAUCAUCGUGUCCAACCACGGCGCGCGCCAGCUGGACUACGUCCCGGCGACCAUCAGCGCCCUGGAGGAGGUCGUGAAGGCGGCUCGCGGGCAGCUCCCCGUGUUCCUCGACGGCGGCGUCCGCCGCGGCACCGACGUCUUCAAGGCGCUCGCCCUGGGCGCCGCCGGCGUCUUCGUCGGGAGGCCGGUGGUGUUCGCGCUGGCGGCGGCGGGCGAGGCCGGGGUGUCCAACGUGCUGAAGAUGCUGCGGGACGAGUUCGAGCUCACCAUGGCGCUCAGCGGCUGCACCUGCCUCGCCGACAUCACCCGCAACCACAUCAUCACCGAGUCCGACAGGCUCCUCGUCAUGCCGUCGCGCUUGUAAAUAGCACACACCUGCAUACUGCGCCGCCCUCGCGGGGACCGCCGCCGUUCGUCCUCGCCGCCGGCGCCGGCCGCGACCGGGAUCAUGCAUGCAUGCUCGCUCGAUGAUACACAAUAAUUUUGGACCGCAUAUAUGAUCGAUCACUGUACCGUAAAAUCUUACAGAUUACAUGGACGAUCACUGUAUUUGAUCACAAAAUAUUUCUUCCA